UCUGCUUGCAUACCUAUCUAUCAACAUAAGUUGUUAUUGUCGUAGGCAAAACAAUGUAUCGUACAUGUGCGUACAUGUGCCAUCUGCGUUUUAUAUGAAUUCUCAACCUAUAAAUGUAGACAGGAGAAUAUUCUUAUUGACACAAAUCACGCUGUGCUUCAUAAGCCGUUUCUUUAGCUGACCAUUAGGACGAUGAACAGAUUUUGUCAACACUGUCUACAUGUAUUUCUGUGAUGGGGAAGAGACGUGUUCAGGCACUAACACUUGAUAGCGUUUGACCUAUAUCCACCAGUGCCCAGUAAGCCAAGCAGGUCAAUGGAGUGAACCGUAGCGGACAUAUUGAAAAUAUAUACAUGUUGUAUAUAAUUGAAAAUAUUGUAUUAUUUAUUGGUUUAGAACUGACUAUGACAUGUCUUGCUGGCCUACAUUUUUGCAGCAUAUUCAACACUCGCUACCAUGCAUUGAUUAUUCAACCCGGCUGGCACUAAGGAGGUAAAGGUCACGCAUGCGCCCUAAUGGCGUUUCCCAAGCACACGAAAACACAAAACACAGACCUGGUUUCACUUCCCUUUUGCCCGCCUUAUUCGUGUGUUCUGUGUUGUGUUUUUAAUAUCAGCAAAACUUAGUCGUGAAGCAUGGCUUACGACUGUAUAGAAAGGCGAAUCAGUCGUCUGUUUGCCCUAUACGGAGGCUUCCUGGCAAGACACCCACUCCCCUUCCUUAUUUUGCCCGUUGUGUUGGCAGCUGGCCUGGGAGCAGGAAUGUAUUUUAUGGCGUCAGAUUCGUCCGUGGAAGGAUUGUACACACCUGAUAAUGGCCGAGGGAAAACAGAGCGCGCUGUUGUGGAAGAACAUUUCCCAGUCAAUGACUCUGAAAAUUUUCAGACUUCCAGACUCGUAACAUUCGGUAGAUCGGCCAGCGUCAUCGUGACGACUACAGAGAAAAACGACGACGUUCUGAGGAUGCCCGUUCUGAGAGAGGUCCUGUCACUCUACAACAAUAUUUCCGAAAUAGAAGCGCCGAUGUCAGGGACAAACUACUCAUUUAUGGACUUGUGUACCAAAUGGCAAUCUCAGUGUGUAGUCGGUGGAUACCACCUUCUCAACUUUACAUUGGAGAAAGAUGAAAACACGACGAUUGGUUACCCCUGGACAAAUCUACCUGACGGAACUCGGCUCUUCAGUGGAGCCACCCUGGGAGGGGUAACUCUCGAGUCGGGAUCGGAGGACGUCAGCACCGCUGCCGCCUUCAAGCUGACCUUCUACCUACGCAGUGAGAAGCCCGAAGAUGACAAACUGAGCGAAGAAUGGGAAAAGGCUUUUCUAUCCUACAUGGACAAUUUUCAAUCGGACAUAAUAGAAGUUUCUCGAACCUCGUCACAGUCCCUUGAAGAAGAACUGUCCAAACUGACGGCCCGCAUCAUCCCACGGUUCUCCAUCACCUUCACAGUCCUCAUCACCUUUUCCAUUUUCUCCUGCAUGAUGCUGGACAUGGUCCGCACCAAGCCGUGGCUGGGCAUGCUCGGCGUCGUGUCGGCAGGCAUGGCGGUGGUGUCCUCCAUGGGGCUGUGUUUGUACUGUGGGGUCAGAUUCACCAGCGUGGUGGCCUCCAUGCCAUUUCUCAUCGUAGGUAUCGGAGUGGACGACAUGUUCAUCAUGAUCGCGGCCUGGAGGAAGACCCAUCCUGGAGGCAGCGUGGAGAAACGCAUGGAGGAGACGUACGCGGAGGCUGCUGUCUCCAUCACCAUAACAACCAUUACGGACGGACUGGCCUUCGGCAUCGGCGCCAUCACAGUGUUCCCGGCCAUCCGCAUUUUCUGCAUCUAUACUGGGGUAGCCGUACUUUUUGAUUACUUCUUCCAAGUAACCUUCUUCGGUGCCUGCAUGGUAUAUGUAGGACGCCGUGAGAAAGGCAACCGUCACGCAGCUACCUGCAUGCGGGCGGCUACUCCUAACGAAGCCAAAGAUAGGUCAGGUUGCUAUCGCAUUUUCUGCACAGGAAACACAAUGGCGGGAGUUAACGAGAAGGGGGAGUUCUCGGGUAGCGACCAUGCUAUCAUGACCUUUUUCAAAGAUCAUUUUGGGCCUUUCAUUACCAAGACAUGGGUAAAGGUUGUAGUCAUGUUAGUGUUUGCUGGGUACUUAGGUUGCGCCAUAUGGGGAUGUCUGCAGGUAAGAGAAGGUAUUCGUCUCAGUAACCUUGCUGCCGAUGACUCCUACGUGGUGAGUUACAACAACAAAGAUGAUCAGCAUUAUAUGUCUUAUGGUGCCAAAAUUUCUAUCAGCUUCACUGAUGAACUAGAAUACUGGAACAAAACCGUCCAAGACCAAAUUGAAAUCACUCUCAGUCUGUUUGAGGAGACGGACUUUACUUCGGGCAAAAACGAAUCAGAAUCUUGGCUGCGUGAUUACCUUGAUUUCAUAGAUCAGUUCUCAAGUAUCAUUCCAGGCCUGAACGCCACAAGCAAAGUACCAUUCAUUACAAACCUCAAAGAUCAUUUUCUCACUCGUUUCAAACGGUAUGAGCUCGACAUUGAGUUAAACGACAACAAGACCGAAAUUCUCGCUUCACGUUUUCUGGUUCAGACUAAGGAAAUUACAAGUUCUGUCCGUGAAAAGGACAUGGUUAACAAAAUGAGAGAACUUGCUGAUCAGAGCCCUUUUCAAACCACGGUUUACCACCCUAGCUUUAUUUUCUAUGAUCAGUACAUCGCUAUUCUUCCCAACACCCUACAGAACUUGGGUAUCGCCACAGCCACCAUGUUCGUGGUGGCCCUUGUCCUCGUGCCCCACCCCGUCUGUUCCGUCUGGGUGACCCUGUCCAUCGCGUCCAUCUGUGCGGGGGUGGUCGGGUACAUGACUUUUUGGGACGUCAAUCUAGACGCCAUUUCCAUGAUCAACAUCAUCAUGUGCAUAGGCUUUUCUGUCGACUUUUCGGCACACAUCACUUAUGCGUUCGUGUCCUGUAAAGAAGACAGCAGUAACGCUAGAGCGGUAUUUGCCCUGUAUACUUUAGGCAUGCCCAUCUUGCAGGGUUCCCUGUCCACCAUUUUAGGUGUAGCAGCCUUGUCCACUGCUCCAUCGUAUAUCUUCCGCACGUUUUUCAAAACAAUGUUCUUAGUUAUUCUCUUAGGGGCGCUGCAUGGGUUAGUUGUUCUUCCCGUGCUUCUGACCUUCUUGGGACCAGGUGCCUGUAGAAGCAAGCAAGUUGUCAAGGAAUCACGGAGUGGCCCACACAGCAAUGUGGGUGACAAUCAUUUGAUUGAUGACAACAUGAGAGUUUGGCUAGACAGUUUGAAAACCUCUGAGAGAAAUAAUACCAAAUCUCAGCGUCCUUCAAGUGAUCAGUGCAACAGUAACGUGCCCACAUCGUCCCAGUAUACGUACACCAACCCUUCCUUUGAAUUGCCCCAAGAGUAGAUCUGCGUUCAGACAUUGGCAGCAUGGAAGACAAACAUAGCACUGAUAUAGCCAUUCCUCUGAUUAUGCAACAUAGGGUGUUUGUAAGUAGAUGGCUAGUUGGUUGUGCAUUUUUGGCAGAAAAUGACACAUUUUUGUCUCACAUUCUGUGUUCAUAUAACCUAACGUAGACUAUACUAAACAAGAGAAACAGAGAUGAACUUUAUGAGUUUCUUUACAUAUGCACAUUUCUGUCAAGCAUUUAACAGCAAUUAACUUUAAAACUGUUAUGUGGCCUCAAUAAUAAAUGUGUUAGUUGUGCUACAGUAAGUGCAAGUGGGAUUGCGGGAUUAAUAAUACGUGUAUAUAUAUGUGUGUGUAAAUACCUAGCCUAGCGAACUCCAUUUCACAUUGUCCCACUGGAUUGUAAGCUUGUACAUACAUGUAUGUUUAUGAGUAUGUCU